AUGUCGUACCACACCGCCAACGAGAAGGCGAACGCUGAGGAGCACUACAAGAACGAGUACAACAGUGACCUCGACAAUGGCGUCAGCGGCGUGAACGGCGAGCACGGUGCCGUCCACAGCCACGACGUUCCAACCGGCACCCACGCCCGCAAGCCCAACGACUAUGCUGUUGAGAUUGCUCCUGCUGGCGGCUCAAGAAUGGUUCAAGAUGCUGUGUUCGGUGACAUGGGCGGCGAGGGCCCCAACUUCCGUGCCGUCGGCCCCAUGGGUGCUUUCGUCCUCAUGACCAAGGCCAACAUUGGUCUUGGUGUGCUGUCGAUCCCUUUCGUCUUCAUGCAGGUCGGCAUGGUUCCCGGUAUUAUUCUUCUCCUGGUUAUCAACUUGAUCACCAUGUACUGUGCCCUCAUCAUUGGUGACUUCAAGAUGAACCACCCCGAGGUGUACGCUAUUGCCGACGCUGGCUUCAUUGUCGGUGGCCGCAUUGGUCGCGAGUACUUCGGCAUCGCCUUCGUUCUCUUCAUGAUCUUCGUGUCUGCAUCGGCCAUUCUUGCCAUUGCCACUGCUCUCAACGCCAUCUCGUCGACCGAGACCCACCACGGUCUCUGCACCGCCGCGUUCAUUGCCAUCGCCGCUGUCUGCGGUUGGCUGCUCGCCUCGAUCCGUACCCUUGGCAAGAUUGCCUGGCUCGGAUGGGUCGGUCUUGUUUCCAUCAUGGCCGCCAUUCUCACCCUCACCAUCGCUGUCGGUGUCCAGGACCGCCCCGACCUCGCCAAGCAGCUGUACCCCACCGGCCCCUGGCCCAAGGACCUCAAGAUUGUCAACAACCCCGCUUUCUCGGUCGCCAUGAGCGCCAUCAACUCGAUUGUGUUUGCCUUCGCCGCUACCCCUACCUACUUUGGUAUCAUUUCCGAGAUGCGUGACCCGCGUGCGUACAAGAAGUCCAUGGUCUUGUCGAUGGCCCUCCUCUACAUUGUCUACGUCGUCAUCGGCGUUGUCGUCUACUACUUCUGCGGCCAGUACGUUUCCUCGCCCGCCCUCGGCUCGGCUGGUGCCCUCAUGAAGAAGGUCUGCUACGGUAUCGCCAUCCCUGCCCUUCUCGUCACCCUUUGCAUCUACGCGCACCUUGCCUCCAAGUACUUCUUCGUCCGCAUCCUCCACGGCACCAAGCACCUUACUGCCAACACCAAGACCCACUGGAUCACUUGGCUCAGCUGUGUUACCGUCUCGAUCCUCGUCGCCUACAUCAUUGGCAGUGCCAUUCCCAUUUUCGGCAACCUCAUCUCCCUCGUCGGUGCCGUCAUUGGCCCCUCGGUCGUCAUCAUCCCCUACACCCUCAUGUGGUACCACGACAACUGGAAGCUCCGUCUUAACGGCCGCCGCAACGUUCUCAUGCUUGCCUUCAACAUCCUCCUCUUCUGCAUCGGCGUCUUCAUAACCGGUGCCGGCACCUACGGCGCUGUUGAGGCCAUCAUCGACGACCCCAGCCGUACCACUCCUUGGAGCUGCGCGGACAACUCGAACACCUACAACGCUACCGCUGCUUCCAUCUCCGCCGCCGCCGCCGCUGCUGCCAAGACUGCUACGGCUACCGUCGCAGCUGCCGCCGCUGCCCUUACAGCAUAA